UACCAGUAACUGGAGCAGCGUCCUGACGCGCCUCUCUGUUGUAGUGCACUUCCUCUCAUUACACCCUUACCUUCACAUCGUGACGUUCAUAAAUACGAAACGUCGAGAGAGCCGUAAUCUCAAAAGUUCGAAAUUUGUCACAAAACAAGAAAAAUGAUUCUGUAGAACAGAAGAAAGGCCUGAGACUUUUGCAAAAUCGUCGUAUUGUCUAGAAGAGUAAAUAUCAAAGUGAAUGAUGUCUGUUACUGGAAUAAGGCAAAUUAUUUCAAGAAGUGGACCAAUUUUCCAGAGUGAACGCACAAGUGCUCAACUGGCUUCUGCCCUAACAUUUUUAAGACACAAACAUACUUUGGAUUACUCACGUGUCCCCACACUACAAGAAGAAGACCUCGAAGAAGUAUUUGUCAGGGGUAGUGGACCUGGUGGCCAGGCUGUUAACAAGACAAAUAAUUGUGUUGUUCUCACCCAUAAACCAACAGGUUUAGUUGUAAAAGUUCAUCAUUCAAGACUGCAGAGUGAGAAUCGGAAGCUAGCCCGUGAUUUGCUGGUAGAGAAACUGGAUGCCCUCGUAAAUGGGGAACAUAGCUUGCAAGCGCAGCGGAAGUGUCUUCAACUGCAAAAGCAAAAGAAGGAAGAGCAACGUCGAAACAAACGAGAACUUCUAAAGAAACUUUGGCGUGAACGUGAAGGGUUGAAUUCAUAAGAGGGAUCACUUGAUGUACAAAGACAAUAGAUCAGUAAAUCAGUUGGUUUGCACUGAAGUGGGAGCAAAUAAGCAGCUAAUUUUAGUUCUUAUCAUUUGUAUUUUACUGAAAAACAGAUAAAUAAUUAAAAUUUUCAAAGGAUUGAACUGUAA